GUGUACCACGCGUGCGCAGACUGUCUGUCAUGGCGGCUUCCUGAGCUCCACGGCGAGGGAUUAGCGUGGGACUCCAGGGGCAUGGCGGGUGCAUCCCAGGAAUAACAUGGGCCAGUCAUGGAUGAGGUUACUUUCAAAAGUGACACUGUGCUAUCAGAUGUCCACCUGUACACCCCCAACCAGAGACACCUCAUGGUGCGGCUGAAUGGCAUGGGACAGCCAGUCUUCCUGUCCCAGUUCAAGCUCCUGUGGAGUCAGGACUCUUGGACAGACUCAGGGGCUGAGGACAAUGGUCGCAGAGAUGUCUCCACACAGGAGACGCCUCUUGCUGGGUCAGGAAGUGGCCACAGUCAUGAGGAUUUGUCCCUCCAGGCUGGCGAUGACAUCACCAUCCAGGAAGGGUUGAGUGUUCCCCUGGAUGAGGAUGGGGACCUGGAUGUGGUGCGAAGACCACGGGCUGCUUCUGACCCCAACUCAGCAGAGCCUGCAAGAGACAAGGUACAUCCCAUGAUUCUAGCACAGGAGGAAGAUGACCUCAUGGGAGAUCAAGCACAGGAAAGCUGCCUCCACGACAUCAUCAAAAUAGAGCAUACCAUGGCCACGCCCCUGGAGGAUGUUGGCAAGCAGGUGUGGCGGGGUGCCCUGUUCCUGGCAGACUAUAUCCUGUUCCGAAGGGACCUCUUCCAGGGACGCACUGUGCUGGAGCUUGGGGCAGGCACAGGGCUUGCCAGCAUUGUGGCAGCCACCAUGGCACACACCGUUUACUGUACAGAUGUCGGCACAGACCUCCUGGCCAUGUGCCAACGAAACGUUGCCCUCAACAGCCACCUGGCUGCCACUAGAGACGGUGUGAUUAAGGUCAAGGAACUGGACUGGCUGAAAGACGACCUCUGCACAGAUCCCAAAGUCCCCUUCAGCUGGUCCGAGGAAGACAUCAGUGACCUGUAUGAUCACACCACUGUGCUGUUUGCAGCUGAAGUGUUCUACGAUGAUGACUUAACUGAUGCCCUGUUUAACACGCUCUCCCGACUCGUCCACAGACUGAAAAAUGCCUGCACCGCCAUCCUGUCGGUGGAAAAAAGGUUCAACUUCACACUCAGACACUUGGACGUCACGUGUGAAGCCUACGAUCACUUCCGUGCCUCCCUGGACUCCCUGGAGAAGCUGGCUGAUGGCAGGUUGCGCUUCACGGUGGAGCCUGUAGAGGCCUCCUUCCCACAGCUGCUCAUCUAUGAGCGCAUCCGACAGCUGGAGCUCUGGAAGAUCAAAGUGGAGCCAGCAGCUUGAGUCGUCACCUCUGGAAGGUGUGACCUCUUGACGGCCGUCUUAAUAUGUUUCAAAUAAAAACAAACCCUCUGUGCACUGA